GCGGCGCGAACAAAGGCGGCGGCAGGCGGCGGUGCGGCCCGUGCGAGGCGGCUCGUCCCGCUCCGCUUCCUGGGCUGGGCCCCGAGGCGAGGAGGGAGAGGCGGCCUUGGCGGCCCCGCCCCGCCGGAGCGGAGCGGAGCUGCGGCCGCAGCAGCAGCAGCUGAAGCGGCGCCGGUCGCGGGGCGCUGCGCGCCGCCGGAGCUGCAUGUGUGCGGGAGGAGGAGGAGGAGGAGGAGGAGGAGGAUGGCCGUGCUGAAGCUCGCCGACCAGCCUCCACUGGUCCAAGCUAUUUUCAGCGGUGAUCCGGAGGAGAUACGGAUGUUGAUCUACAAAACCGAGGAUGUCAACGCCUUGGAUGCUGAGAAGCGAACUCCUCUCCACGUUGCAUCAUUUCUUGGGGAUGCAGACAUCAUUGAGCUUCUUAUUUUGUCAGGCGCUCGUGUUAAUGCCAAAGACAAUAUGUGGCUGACUCCUCUCCAUCGAGCAGUUGCUUCAAGGAGUGAAGAAGCGGUGCAAGUACUGAUCAAGCACUCAGCUGAUGUCAAUGCUCGGGACAAAAACUGGCAGACCCCAUUGCACGUGGCAGCCGCAAACAAGGCAGUAAAGUGUGCAGAAGUUAUCAUUCCCAUGCUGAGCAGCGUCAAUGUCUCUGACCGAGGUGGGAGGACAGCGUUGCAUCAUGCAGCUCUGAAUGGCCACAUUGAGAUGGUGAACUUGCUCUUAGCCAAGGGUGCGAACAUCAAUGCUUUUGACAAAAAGGACAGAAGAGCUCUUCACUGGGCCGCAUACAUGGGUCACCUGGAAGUCGUUGCCUUACUGAUUAAUCAUGGUGCAGAGGUGACUUGUAAAGACAAGAAGGGUUACACCCCGCUCCAUGCAGCUGCAUCCAAUGGGCAGAUUAACAUUGUGAAACACCUCCUUAACCUGGGAGUUGAGAUUGAUGAAAUGAACAUCUAUGGAAAUACUGCGCUUCAUAUUGCCUGUUACAAUGGUCAGGAUUCUGUUGUUAACGAGCUGAUUGACUAUGGUGCUAAUGUAAAUCAGCCCAAUAAUAACGGAUUCACUCCCUUGCAUUUUGCUGCUGCCUCCACUCAUGGAGCACUGUGUCUUGAACUACUAGUGAAUAAUGGGGCAGAUGUUAACGUUCAGAGUAAGGAUGGAAAGAGCCCACUGCACAUGACAGCUGUCCACGGGAGGUUCACACGGUCACAGACCCUCAUUCAGAAUGGAGGGGAAAUCGACUGUGUUGAUAAGGAUGGUAACACCCCACUGCACGUGGCUGCAAGAUACGGACACGAGCUAUUGAUUAACACCCUCAUAACCAGCGGAGCUGAUACUGCCAAGUGUGGGAUCCACAACAUGUUUCCUCUACACCUAGCAGCACUGAACGCUCACUCAGAUUGCUGUAGGAAAUUGUUAUCCUCAGGACAAAAGUAUAGCAUAGUGUCCUUGUUUAGUAAUGAGCACGUGCUGUCUGCAGGCUUUGAUAUCAACACACCUGACAACCUUGGGAGGACUUGCCUCCACGCUGCCGCUGCAGGAGGUAAUGUCGAAUGUAUCAAACUCUUGCAAAGCAGUGGAGCAGAUUUUAAUAAGAAGGACAAACGUGGGAGGACACCUUUGCACUACGCAGCUGCAAACUGUCACUUCCACUGCAUUGAGACACUGGUGAGCACAGGAGCCAACAUUAAUGAAACAGAUGACUGGGGACGCACCCCUUUGCACUAUGCUGCUGCUUCUGACAUGGACCGAAAAAGAAAGAAUAUUUUAGGUAACUCCCAUGAAAAUGCUGAAGAACUUGAAAGAACCAGUGAAAUGAAGGAAAAAGAAGCUGCAUUGUGUCUGGAGUUCCUUCUGCAGAAUGAUGCCAAUCCAUCCAUCCAAGACAAAGAGGGGUACAACACUGUGCAUUACGCUGCUGCAUACGGACACCGGCAGUGUUUGGAACUGCUUCUGGAAAAAAAUAGCAACAUGUUUGAGGAAUCAGAUUCUUCAGCAACGAAAAGUCCUUUGCAUUUAGCUGCCUAUAAUGGUCAUCAUCAAGCCUUGGAGGUGCUACUCCAAUCUCUGGUAGAUCUGGAUAUUAAGGAUGAGAAAGGUCGCACCGCUUUGGACCUGGCUGCAUUUAAAGGGCAUGCAGAGUGCGUGGAAGCUCUCAUCAGCCAGGGUGCUUCUGUCACUGUAAAAGACAAUGUCACCAAAAGGACCCCCCUGCAUGCUUCAGUCAUUAAUGGCCAUACACCUUGUUUACGGCUGUUGCUAGAAGUUGCGGACAACCCCGAUGUGACGGACGCCAAAGGACAAACCCCGCUCAUGCUUGCAGUGGCAUAUGGACACAUUGAUGCUGUUUCCUUAUUACUUGAAAAAGAAGCAUCUGUAGAUGCAGCAGAUCUCCUGGGAUGCACAGCUUUACAUCGAGGGAUUAUGACUGGGCAUGAAGAGUGCGUUCAGAUGCUUUUAGAGAAAGAAGUAUCUAUUUUAUGUAGAGAUGCUAGAGGUAGAACACCUCUGCACUUCGCAGCAGCUCGGGGUCACGCCACUUGGCUGAGUGAAUUACUGCAGAUUGCACUUUCAGAAGAAGACUGCAGUUUGAAGGAUAAUCAAGGUUAUACACCACUGCACUGGGCUUGUUACAAUGGUCAUGAAAACUGCAUAGAGGUACUAUUGGAGCAGAAAUUUUUCCGCAAAUUCUAUGGUAAUAGCUUCUCUCCGUUGCACUGUGCUGUAAUCAACGAUCAUGAAAACUGUGCAUCAAUGCUCAUCGGAGCCAUCGAUGCCAGCAUUGUCAAUUGCAAAGAUGACAAAGGAAGGACGCCCCUUCACGCAGCGGCCUUCGCGGAUCACGUGGAGUGCCUCCAGCUCCUCCUGAGUCACAGCGCUCAAGUGAAUGCUGUGGAUUGUGCAGGGAAAACAGCUCUCAUGAUGGCAGCUCAGAACGGUCACGUUGGUGCUGUGGACUUUUUGGUGAACAUUGCCAAGGCUGACCUGACAUUAAGAGAUAAGGACUUGAAUACAUCUUUGCACUUGGCUAGCAGUAAAGGUCAUGAAAAAUGUGCCUUGUUAAUACUUGACAAGAUACAAGAACAGAGCCUUAUUAAUGCAAAAAAUAAUUCAUUGCAGACACCUCUCCAUAUUGCUGCACGUAAUGGCUUAAAGAUGGUGGUUGAGGAGUUACUAGCAAAAGGGGCGUGUGUCCUAGCGGUAGAUGAAAAUGGUCAUACGCCAGCCCUGGCUUGCGCUCCUAACAAAGACGUGGCUGACUGCCUGGCACUCAUUUUGGCUACCAUGAUGCCUUUUUCUCCUUCCAGUUCAAUGACGGCUUUCAACUUCGCUUGUUAUAAAAAAGACAGUAUGGGCAGGACGCAUCUCUGCGAUGGCUCCACUAUGGGUAGCAUUAACUCUUACAAUAAGCCCUUGAGUAAUAACAUAGGAACAGAGGAUGGGUACAAUGAAAAUGAUUCUGAUUCUGAAACAUUUUGACUUUUUGGUAUUCAAAAACUUUUAUUUCGUUAUUAUUAUUAUUUCCUUUUGGCAUUUUUUAUUUUCCUUUGUCUUUUAAGACAGCUUAAAUCCCACUGCGAUAUUCUUACCUAUGACUCUUGACAAGUAGGUGUCAAAAGAUUUCUAGCGUUGAUGAGAAUUAAGCCUUUAAAUAACCAAGCUGAGGGCAUUUACUGGAACGUAUUCCCAUUACCGUUCUGUCUGCUUUUAGGCCCUAAGUGCCCCUGUGGAAAAUCUCUACCUCUAACUUCAAGUAUUAAGUAAAAAAAAAAAAAAAAAAAAAAAAAAAAAAAAGGACAAAAAAAUAAGAGAAAGAAAGAAAAUGCCUUUUUUUUUUUCCUUUCUGACAGCACAAUUAAACAGGGAACUGUUUGUAAAAAGUCCUUACAUGGUUUAGCUGUACUACGAGCGUUUCCAACGUAGCCUUCAUAGCAUCAUCCCUCUUCUCUAUUUGUCUGUCUCUUAGUUGCAGGGGCUCUAAUAAUUAGGUGAUUAUUGUUUUUCACACAAACCAAAGGUAAAGUUGUAAAUCUUAAAACUGCCUGUAUAACUUUUUUGCAGGAAGAGAAAUGUUUUACGUUCUGCACGCAUUAAGCACUUAAACGUACCGAAGGCACUUUUGUUACAGUUAUUAGUUACAUCACACAGUUAGUAAAAUAUCAACUCCUUAAGGCCAAAUUCUACUUGUCUUAUCAUAUUCCCCACUGGUGUUGGUGGAACCACUUGUGGAUAAUGGAAAUCACUUGGUCCUUCCCCCCGCCCCCGGUUCAGCACAAGAACAGUCGAUUUGCACUACAGAAUUAAGGUCAUUAGAAGUUUCUGUCGCCUGAGCUGUCAGCCAGGAUCCUAGUAUCAGAACAGAGAUGAACAAUCAGGUGUAGACAAAGGUGUAUGUCAGGGUUUACGAUGUCUUGCCGACUUUAAGGGACUAUUUUUUUUUUUUUUGCUUUCCUAUGCUUAAGUAACUCGAUUUUACUGUAGACAGUAUUGAUACUACUGCCACUGUUUGGAUUAACAGAACAAAGGUAAAGCAAUGAAAGCGUAACACCAAAAGCUGAAACACCAAACAGGAGAAAACACGCAGAUGUACCAGGCAGGGGAUUGGAGAUGCACGCUAAGAGCCUUUUGUCACCAGCUUUGAAAGCAAUGUCAGCUUUGUGAAUAUGUUUACUCCUUCUGCCAAAGUUUCUAGGUCAAAUGGACCCCGACCCUCUUCUGCAACAGAUGUACAAAAGGAAGAAUGAGACUUAAUAAACAAAACAAACAAAAGCCUAUCCAAACUAACCAGCUCUACCAAGAGGACCAAAAUGCUUCAGUGAAUAAAUGGAAGACUUUAUUGCUUGUAUUUUUUUCUUCAAAUGUGAGUGACGUAAUGAAGUAGCUUUUCUAAACCACGAAAAUAUAAACUUUUGAGGUAAUGAGCGAGUCUUGAGUGAAUUUCACAUUUAUGACACAGGUUUCAAGGUGACGUUUGUAACUAACAAUGUGUUGACCACAGGUUUGUUCUUUGUUUUGUUUUGUUUUUCCAGGAUGAGGAAAAAUGUUCAUAUGCUUUUUAAUGUAAAUGCGUUUGUAUUUAUUUGAAAUGAAACAAAUGCCCGGGAAAAAAAAUAACUAUAGCUUUUUCUCUAUGAUAGUAUUUGUGCAUAUUUUUUUGACAUAAUGCUAAAUGAAAUGUGAAUCUAGGCAAGAAUGAUGGCCUGAGUGGAAAGGAGGGACCGAUGCUCUUGGGAAGUGCACCUAUCUUAUCAUACGGAGUACGAAGAUGAAGUCCACAGGCUAAUUGGUAAAAUGCACGAUCGUUUAAGAGUAUAAGAAAGGGUUCCAAAACAUUGCUAGACAAGUGAGAGAACACUGUACAGCCACGGGAAAGCGGAGAAGGGUCAUAUAGCAUAGAGUAAGAGGUUCCAGUGAUCCAUGCUCAGAAUGCCUGCAGGCCUGAGUCUUUGCAGGGAGAGUGAGAAGAGCUGCUGCUUCGGUGCACGCUUUUGGCAGGGUAAAUGGACAGCAGGGAUUUCUAGUUGAGUUGCAGUUUUUAGCCAUGUUCCACUGCAUUGUUUAAAACCUGUCAGCAGACUCCAGCUCCUCAGUUAGAAAAAUGAUAUAUUGCUUAUUUUGCCUCGCUAAAAUGAAGCGUUGUUUUCUUGAACAAUAAUUCAUGCCCAAAAAUUGCAGCAAAAAAAUCAUGUAGGGGCAGCUCUAUGACGGCAAACAAUGUUUCCCCUUAACCCUGCCUGCUCUGUGGCAGAAUGACAGAGCACCUGAAACUGUGGUUUUAUCCUCAGAAACAGCACAAAGAAACAUUUUUUAUGAUUGACUUCAUUCCAAGUUUCAGCUCAUAAAAGCUGCAGGAUAGCAAUAACCACCUCGCACCAAGCACUGAUAAUCAGAGAUCGGUUGUUAGUUUUCAGUGGUGUCUGCUUAGAAAUGAAUGGAAAUCCCACGUUUUGCUGCUUUGGUUUCUGUGGAAGGAUGAUGCUAUUUGAAAGGAGCCAACAAAUGGGAAAUGGCUGCCACCUGCCUGCCAGGCAGCAUUUUCAUCUUCAAGCAGAGAUUAAUUAUAGGCUAACCCUGAAAUGCAGGGAUGUGUUAUCAUAUAAGAAAUCGUUCCAUUAGGAGAAAACUAGUCCUCUUUCCAAGGAUGAUGGUGUAUUAUCUCAAGCAGGCAUUAAAAAAGAUAAAUAAAACAUUCAGUAUUUUUACUUGCUACCAUACAGUUACUAAAACUAUUUCUGUGUCUUUUGCAAUACCUCCUAACUGGUAACAGGUGGUGCAAUAUCUGCUGCUCCUUACGAUGGAUGCAGUGUUACAGAAGCACUGGGGAUUACUGAAUCACUUGGAUUCCAAUUCCUUGGAACCUUGUAGGAAUCAAAUCCCAGCUUAAUUGAGACAUGGUUCUGUAACCCAGUGGUGAUGUAAGCACGCAGCAUUCCGGAUAUCAUGGCAAAGUGUGGUCUGUCAGCAUCUGAAGGGCGCUGGGAAAGCUGUGUUCUGAGCAUGGUGUUCUUAGGAGAAGUGACAGGAGCGAGGCCCUUGGAUGUACGCAGUAUUGGCCUGUCCCAGAUCUCACCUGAGUUGCCGGAAUCCCUUUUCAUGUAUGCCAGUACGUUGAGCUGUAAUAUAAUUUAUCGCUUGUAGAAGUGAAUUAGUCAUUUAGGUAGCAGGUAUUUGAGCAUGGGAAUAAUUUUACUCUUGUAAAUAAUUACCUUGCCUUUCCGUGGACAUUGUACAAGAGUAGUGUUAAUCACAACGUAAUUGUUGCACUUAACCCCGGAUCCUGCAGUUUGCAGUACGUGGACGACUGCUGUAUCCACACCAAACAGUGCAGUGUUUGGCAGGGGCAGCAGCCUGCCCGGCUUUAUUAGCAGGAUGGUCCCAUCCUGUGUUUUAAGCACAGUUGCAGGUGGAUUCCAUGGCAGGAUUGGGUCCGUGUCUCCCUCACAGAGACUGAGUAACAACCUUUGGACUGCCUGAAUUUGCUGUGAAAUAGCUCAGGGGAUUUCUGUUCAUCGCUACUAAAAGGGCACCGCGAUGUGUUUGGUACUUCCAUGUAGUCAACCACUGCCAGAUGAUUCAAGGAGAACAAACACAUGAAACGAACCAUUUCUCCAUCGUACUGUUGAGAAACUCAAUGGUUAUAUCUUGAGGGUGAUUUAAAAGAAAUAAUAAUAAUACAAUGUGAUUUUUAUUCUUAGUCCUGUAAGAAAUUAUUAGAGUGCCUUUUUAUACCUGCGUAUGAUGGAAACGUUUUGUGGAAGUCGUCCUUUUUCCUUUUCAUGUGAGUGUUACAGAAGCAAUACAUCACCAGUAAGGUUUCAUUUCAAACCCUUCUCGGAACGUAUGGAGUGUUUCUUCUUUUCAUAUGCUCUACCUGCAUUGAAAGGGAAACCAAUCUAUGCUAUAUUUCUAUAGGAACAACAUCUGCAGCGCUCAAAAGGCUUUUUCAUUCCACCAAGUAAACCAUAGAUCAGUGUUAUAGCAAAGGGCGUUUGAACCCAGUGACAAUCCGAGUGUGUGUAAACGUGACUAUAUGCGUUUGUAUGCAGUGAUUACGUAUUAAAGCCAAUAUCUCAUGUUUUGUAGGUUUUUUUGUGUCCUAUUUUCUGCUUUAGCAUGUGCAAUAACGUACCUUUACAACCCACGGUGAUAUGGAUCUGGUGCCAGUGUUAUAUUUUGCAUAACGUUUGUAAUAAACGAUAUGAAAUGUUGUUGCAUCGUUUCGGUGGGGUUUCGUCGGUGUUUGUAAAUGGCAGCCCUCGGCUCAACGUCCCCAGAGGCAGAUUUAGUGCCUCAGCUCCUUCUCAAGCACAGUUUGUUACCUUCUUUUCAACUACUGAAUGCUGUAUUAACGUCACGAGAAACCCCGCCUGUAAACUACUCCUGAUAACGCAUUCAGACGGUUAUUUUUACAAAUAAAAAUGGUACAAAUACUGUUGGAAAAA